AUGAAUGUCCCAUUGGGAAGAUCUCGUUCGUUCAAACUCAAGCAGCUCAAAGCUCUACCAUCCAAACCCGAGUCCAAACCGUUACCAGGCCCUGCUCCAGUGAAAGAGGAGUUCAAGGACCUCAAUCAAAUAGCCUACGGAACCCAGACAACUAUUACUUCCUCUGCUCCUCAAAGAAGCACUUCUCGUGCGCGUGCAAAUCAGCGUGCAAGUUCCAAGGAAAGGACCAUGCUCCGAAAGCAACCCGCCAUGUCACCACCAGGUCAGGGACCUAAAGUUAAUGCCGGGCGUGAAACCGAGAAUCAAUCUACUCAGAAGACCGAAACCCGCAAAAUCAUGUUUGAUUGCACUCCUCCCUGUCUACCAGCGGACGACAUCACGACAGUACCCGAAUCAAGGAAUCAGCCAUUGAAACGUGCCGACACGUCCAAGUUGCAAACACCAAAAGGUGGAGCACCCCCUUUCAUUGCGGAAGACGGCCAAGGCAAUGAAGGACAAUCCAAGCAAAAGUCGGGAAAAUGGAAGUUCCUUGGAGGGCUCUUUGGAAGGAAGUCUCCAGAAAAUGGUCUGCCGUCCGUGGACAACUCAAUCUACCAAAUCGCCCAGGUGCCUUUGAAGGAAUCCAGUGAUGGAGGAAAACUUAAUAAAGGCCUCGGCCGAUCCGCCUCUCUUGCCCUUAGAGGCCGGAAACGAACAAUUAAGAAGAAGACGGAACCGCAACAGCCUCUGACAUCGAAUCCCAACGCUCGCAACCGCAGCAAAACGGAUCCACCGGGAGGAUAUCCCCCGCUGGAUAUUGAUUUGAUUAGACCAGCACCGCCUCCGAAAAGCCCGACAUGGCCGCACGAAGGCGCGGAAUUCACGACACCACAACAGGAGUCUUUCCUAAAGGUGGAUAUUCCAAAGAUUGAAAUGGAACGGUACAGUGUUAUGUUCGGAAAUGUCCUUGAGCCUCCACGGUUCCAGUCAAAAUCACCACGGCUUGGCAUUGAGCCAGUGCAGGAAGAAGGAUCUGAUGUUUCAAAACAUACCCAGCCGAGGUCUCAACACCAGUUACGUCCUCAGAGAAGUGCAACCUCGCCUCUCCCUUCACCGUCAUUCUCGCUUUUCCCGUGCUCCAGCCGUGGUGAUGGCUCUCCAACGUCUCCAACCUCCGGGCCUGUAGAAAAGCACUUUCAGCGCUCCUAUACCGAACCCACCGGAGCACGACGACGAGAGAGCACCAGGAGAUCUGAUGCUCCGCGCGAGGCACUCAAGCCAAGACCCAGCAUCAAAACUGGAGCAUCUUACCCUGCCUUUCCCGCGGAUCAUCAUCCACGGACUCGUAGAUCUUCCAUUCGCCAUUCCAAGCCUUUACCGAAACCGCCUUCCCAGGAGCGCCAACGAGCUCACACCGGCGAUGCACGUCCGCGAAACCGCAACAGCAGGAGAUCCAGCCAAAUGGGCAGCCGCCGCAGCAACCCGCCAGUCGUCCUCGCCACCCCUACGGCCGAAGUCUCAAUUGCUCGCCAAAUAUCAAUAUCCCGACGCAACGGGCCCAACGGCAGCCGUUAUGCCCCGGCCAUUGUCCCCGUCAACGUGCCCACCAUGGCAUCUACCAUGUCGUCCAUGUCGUCAUCCGCCACAGCCGAGACAGAUGCCACCGACAACGACAAUCACACCACCUCGACCACCCUCAACACUACCGCCAACACCAGCAUGUCUUCCAUCGGCAGCGUCAUUGCGCGGAAACCCACAAACAGCACUGCCACCACUGGAAUCACCACUACCCCCACCAUCACAAGCACGCUCGACGAGUACCCACUCCCGAGCGCAUUGAAUGCUUUCAACAAUACCGUAGUACCGAGAAAAGUCGUAGGCGGGGCUAAUACCUCUGCCGCUGCUGCUGCCGCUGCCGCUACUGCCGCCACCGAGAGACGAAACCCAACCCAGUCUCACCCGGUAGUGUUCGACCAUCUCGCGCUUACUCCGACAUUGAUCGACUCGUGGCAAAACCCUGACGCAAGCCGAAAGUCUCAAAUGGUCAGUGUGGAGGAAUCUUAG